AUGUCUUCACUAUUAUCAAAUCUAUCACAAAAAUUACAUUUUCAUAAUGAUCAAGAAGCUCUUGAUAUAGCUUUGGAUCAUUUUAAUCAUUCCGAUCAACCAUAUAAUGAUUUAUUUGAAUAUCUUUUAAUAUUAUCUGAAUCAAGUCAUAACAAUAUAAAUGUAAUAAAUUGUCUUAUUGAAUCAUUUCUUCAAUGGAAAAAUCAAUUGGAUAAAAAUGCUAAAAUUCCUUACAUUGAUGAAAAUUUAAUGAAUGAUUUAAUUUUAAAAAAAUUACCAAUAAAAUUUUUAAAAAAUUUUUGUGAAAUAUUUCAAAUUUCAAAAGAAUAUUUAAUAUUUUUGUUAAGAACUUUAUUACAUAAUCCAAUAAAUUCAGCUUCAUAUAAACAUGCAUUAAAUAUUAUUGUCAAAUUCCAUUAUCAAUUAGAAUUUUCUCCGAAUGAAAUUUUAUUACCAUUAAUACUUGAUACAAAAGAUCAUCUUAUUCAUGUUUAUAUGGAUAAAAAUCAUCAAUUAGAAGAAUAUGUAUUAGAUUUAUUAAAUCAUUUAUAUGAAAAUGGUGGAAAAAAACUUCGAGAAAUUUUAUCAACUGAAUUCAAUAUAAUAAAUUUUAAUUUUAAUAAAAAAACUCUAGGUAAAUUAGCUGUUCGCUAUUGGAAUGCAUUUGGAAAUGAACAAAUAGAAAAAUAUCCAAAUUUAGCGACAUUACAACAUAGAAGAACAUUAAGUUAUUUAAUUAAUGUUAAAUAUUGUGAAAAUAAUGAUGAAAAAACAAUGAGUGAUGAAGCAUGGAAUGAAUUAGUUGAAGAAAUUAUACAAGGGAAUGCAAGUUUAUCGGAAUAUUUCAUUGAAUUACUUGUUGAUAAAGAUGAUAUUGUUGCUGUUAGACAUUGGAUGACUCAAUUAAAUCGACCUGAACAUACAUUACCUUAUUGGGUACAAAGAUAUAUUCGUACUAAACAAAAUAAUCGUUCUUCAACAGUAACACGUAAUCAAAAUCUUACGCAAAAUACAUCCAUUGAAUAUUACAAAAUACCAUUAGAACAUGUACAAAUAAUUUUUAUUGAUUCAAUGUCUGGAUAUAAACGUUUACUUGAUCGUUUAUUUAAUGUUAAUAAAACAGAAGAAGAAUUAUUACUUGGAUUUGAUUGUGAAUGGAAACCAAUAUUUAAUAAUACAUCAACAUCAAAACAACGUCUUAGUAUAAUACAAAUAGCAUUUUCAAAUGAAAUAUUUUUACUUGAUGUACUUCAUUUUUUUCAUACAUGUGAUUCUCAAACAAUUCAACAACGUUUAGCUAAUCGAUUGUUUAAUGAUGAUCAUGUUACAAUACUUUGUUAUGGUUUUCAAGCUGAUGCUUCUAUGCUUAGUGCUUCUUAUCCAAUUUUUGAUGAAGUACUUCUUUCUGGAAAAACUUUAUUAGAUUUAUCUCUUAUACAAAUAGAUUUGAUGAAUAGUCGACGAAAUAUAUUUCCGUAUUCUAUAAUGCAAAAUAAUACAACAUCAAAAGAUAAAGGUCUUAGUGAAUUAGUUCGUUUAUGUUUUGGUAAAACAUUAAAUAAAUCUGAACGAUGUUCUAAUUGGGAUCGACGACCAUUGAGACAUCCUCAAACACUUUACGCAGCAACUGAUGCGUAUUGUUUACUUGAUAUUUAUGAUCUUCUUCAUAAUCGUCUUCAAUCACUUGAAUAUCUUCAAUCAUUCCGUGGAAAAAAACCAAAUAAAAUUGAACAAGUCAUCGAUAAAAAUGAUGAAUUUCAAACAUUAAAUGAUGUUACGUCAGUACUUUGA